AUGUAUAUUAGCCGACUCCUUGGACUGGCCGCAGCCUCUGUAGGCCUCGUCAAGGCUGUCGAGCUAACAGGCUACGAAUAUGUCGUCGUCGGUUCAGGGGCCGGAGGAGGCCCGCUGGCUGCUCGACUUGCACUUGCCGGCCACAAGACUUUGUUGAUUGAAGCUGGCGAUGACCAGGGUCACAACGUCAACUACACUGUGCCGGCCUUUUCUGCCAAGGCAUCCGAAGAUGAAGCUAUGGCAUGGAACUUCUUUGUCCGUCACUAUGCAGACAACGACCGACAAGCCCUCGACUACAAGACCACAUACGAGACUCCGGAUGGCGGCGAGUAUACUGGACUAAACCCGCCAGAGGGUUCAACCAUGAAAGGCACAUUAUACCCCCGUACCGGGACUCUUGGGGGCUGCACUGCCCACAAUGCUAUGGUCGCCGUCUAUCCACACGAGUCCGACUUCGAAUACCUCGCCACACUCACCGGAGAUAGUUCAUGGUCACCAGACAACAUGCGCAAGUAUUUCAAGCGUAUGGAGAACAACAACUACCUCCUCCCGCUGGCCAAAGGCCACGGCUAUGACGGCUGGCUGGGAACUGAAACCGCGCCUCUGAGCAUCGUAUUGGAAGACCCUGAGCUUUUGAGCCUGCUCUUGGGUGGAGCGUUCUCUUUGGGCAAUGUGACCAACACUGUUUUCAACCUAGGCACACUGCUUGUUGGCGAUGCAAACCAGGACUCUAAGCUCCGUGACACCACUCCGGGAUACUACCAGAUCCCGAUUUCCUCGGACGGCAAUAGUCGCAAUGGUCCUCGCGAGUUUAUCACUGCUGUGCGCGAUGCCACUAACAAGGACGGGUCUAAGAGAUACCCUCUCGAUGUUCGGACCAAUUGCUAUGUUACCAAGGUAACUUUUGACGAGUCUGUUAGUCCGCCGCGGGCUUCGGGCGUGGAAUUCCUCGACGGCCAAUACCUUUAUCGCGCCAGCCCACGUUCUAACAACGCGGGGAGCGGCACCGCUGGCUCUGUUAAAGCCUCGCGCGAAGUCAUCGUUGCUGGAGGUACCUAUAACUCACCUCAAAUUCUCAAACUGAGCGGGGUGGGACCGGCAGACGAGCUGCGCAAAUUUGGGAUCAAAGUGAUCUCCAACCUUCCUGGUGUCGGCACCAAUCUCCAAGACCACUAUGAGACCGCUGUGCAGGGCCAUAUCCCCAAUAACUGGACAGCACUUGACGGGUGCACCUUUGAUCACGGUAGUGAUCCUUGCCUAGAGCGCUGGGAAAAGAAUGGACUGGGUGGUCGUGGGGUUUAUUCGUCCGACGGAUUCGCAGCCGCAAUGUUUUAUAAGAGCUCCGUCACUGCAGAUGACAGCUACGACGUCUUUGUAUUUGGCGGACCAAUCAAUUUCCGUGGCUAUUUCCCAGGAUACAGUAUCAACAUUACUGAGCGCCAUGAUUGGUUCUCCUGGGUGGUUCUUAAGGCACACCCACGCAACCAAGCCGGAUCUGUGACUCUUCGCUCGGCUGAUCCACUUGACAUGCCCGAGAUUGUUUUCAACUCUUUCGAUACCGGCAGUGGAGACUAUGAGAAAGACUUACAGGCAAUUACUGAGGCUAUUGGCGUUGCUCGUGGUGCCUUUGACCGUCAGCUAGUUAAAGUGUCUGAGGUCCUUCCAGGUGACGAUGUCCAAACCGAGGAAGAGAUCCAUGAUUAUAUCAAGAACACCGCGUGGGGUCACCACGCGUCAUGCACGUGUCCUAUCGGAACAGAUAGUGAUCCUAUGGCUGUGCUUGAUUCGAAUUUCCAGGUCCGGGGUGUCACAGGGCUUCGUGUCGUCGAUGCCUCAGUGUAUCCUCGUAUCCCAGGAACUUUCACCGCCGUCUCGACUUACAUGGUGGCUGAGAAGGCGGCCGAUGUGAUUCUGGAUGCAGUUAAAGCAAGUGCGUGA